UACCGACGUAUUCACAGCGCCAAAGUCAAACAGACGAGCGUUUCUCUCGGAAAACAGACACAAGUGCUUUGCUCUAGUUUUGUCCGGACUUGUCCAUCGUGAGAGAGAGGGUUUCUCCUCAUAUACGACGCCCAUCAGAGUUUUCUGUUGGUUAGGUCAAUAUGGACAGCACUACAGUUUCGAGACAAAACAACCCCAUCAAGAAAAGAAACAAGGAGAAUGUUCAGCCCGUCCCAGUGGUGAAAUCUUUCAUUAAACAGAACAUUUUACAGUCUUCUGCUCCCCUCCAAACAAAUGGGUAUAAAAAAGAUCAUUUGGGGAAAACUGCUAAAGAAGCACCUGCUAAACAAACUGAGAGAAGGCAAAUCAUUGGUGUGGGAAAAACGGCAACUCUGAAAAAUCCUGCACCUGCAAGAAAGCCAACUCUCAGCCAGGAGUGUAAAAAUGAACAAGCUGCAAAAAUCAAAAAGCUUGUUGGAGAAGCGCCAAAACCAGCAACCUCCCAGCCCCCGAAACCUGCUUUUGGCAUGUACAAAGGCAAAAUUAUUGAGUCAAAGAUCGGAUCCAUUUGGAAAUCAAGUGCUCCUGCUAAAAGUGAAGACCAGAAAUCAACUGCCCCCAAAACGACACACCAAAAAUCUGGAAAUCCAACCACAGCUACAGGGCGUGGCUCAAAUACAUCAGCUUCGAACAGAUCUGUCAAACCCAACACCAGCAGCAGUCGCCCCCCAAACGCAUUCUCCUCCGCUCGCCCUCCAACCAGAAGUGUCCCGACCGCUGCGCUCCCCAGAAAUGCCACAGUAGCUCAAAGCAGAAGAUGUGGUACUUUGAUCGCAAAGCCAAAAGUUCCAGUCACAGACAAGAAAGCAAGCAAGCCCCCAGUCACAAGCACUGUUAGUCAAUACAGAAGAACUAAUAGUGAAACUGCAGAGGAGAAGAAGGCAAAACUAGCAGAAUGGCUUGCUCUAAAGGGGAAGACUCUUAAAAGACCAGCUAUGACUUCUACAGCCCCCUCCACAAAAAACAAAACAUCUAACAAAUCAGCUGCUCCUCCUUCGAAAUCUCAACUUACUACAAAGUCUAAUUCUGAACCUGAAGUUAAAGAGGAGCCCAAACCAGUCUCUGUUACACCUGUCCUCCCCGAAGACAACCCGGAAGUAGACAACCUGGAAGUGGACAACCCGGACAAAAGAACCUCUCUCAUUAUGAAUACCACCCUGGACCUGCUCGAGAACUCUGAUUUAGAUCUGCCAGUUGACCCACAGGACGGCGGCAGUGAUGAAGUUGAUAAUAUUGUUGUAAACCUGUGUGAUGCACUAGAAGCUUUGGCACCCCCCUCUCACUGUGAUGAUGAGGUCCCAGUGGUGAACAAGUGUAAUGACAUGGACAAUGAAGCAAAGACAGAAUGUGUACAAGAGGAAGUGAAGAUGGAAACACCAAACAAAAUGAUGGUGAAGAGUGAAGGCAGUGAAAGUGAUGAAGAGUCUGAGGAAAGUGACGAUGAUGACUGUUAUGUGAAGGAGAACACCCCACCGAAGGAGGAGGCUUCUGUCGUCAAAUACAGUGUAAAAACCACACCAUUCUUGCAAAGUGUUAAGAAGACAAUCGAGGAUGAAGUUUGUUCCAGCACAUCUAAGAGAAAGAGUAACAUCAAAGACCUGAAGUUUUUGACCCCAGUGCGGCGCUCCAGUCGUAUCCACCGCCAGUCCUCUCGUCUGCCCAACAUGCUGGUCGACCAUGAUCCUUGUGUCUCUUCACUGGCAGAGUUGGUGAAACUGGAUGAUGACCCCAAUGCUUACAUCUACAGAAAGAAUCCUGCUCUUCUGGAUGACCUGCCCGACCAGCCCAGUCUGUAGCUCAGGCUCAUGUGGGACUCAGUGCUAACUGUGGAAUUUCAUAUUUGAUACUGAAUAUGUUGUAUGUUUCUGAAUGUAUUUGCACGCAAGAUUAUACUAAUUCUUUAUUUGAGAUUUUGUUUGCUAAUAUAUUGAUGUGUAUUAAUAAUACACUACAAUGCCUAAUACUUUCUAUUGUUAUAUUCUGCUGGUACAAGCAAAUUAAAAUUUUUGAACAUUGAA